CUAUUCCUCCCCCUCUCAAGUACUUGGGUAAUUUACACCUCGUUGAACUCAGGUAUAUGAUUGCUCGAAACCAGAAUUAAAACCAGGAAAUCAUGUUCGCAUUUUGAGAAUAAUCUGCAAGUAAAUAGAGUGAGAAGAUCUGCGACAAAUUUGAAUAAUCUGAUGAUUUAUUUAUUCUGUUUUCGCCUCUACAGAAUUUUAUAAUCUGAAAUAUACAUUUUUUGUUAUCUUUCGUUUUUUGAGAGAAAAUUCUAUACAAAAAAAUGGACAAAUCAGGGAAUAAACUUUCGGAUUAAAUAAUAAUUAAUCAAUCAUAUAUUAGUAUUUAAACAAGAGAGACGUCAAUCAGAAUUCAAUUGGAUUUUUAGUCGUGGCAAAAAAAAUGAAUGACAUUUUUUGCAAAAUUGAAAAUCGGUUGAAUCUGUCAGAUGGAAGUAAUCGCCGAUGAUUUAUCAAAUAUCCACAAUUCCCAGUACAAAUGGAAGAGUUCAAUUACAUCGUGAAGAAGCGGGAGCAGCAGAAAAUAUGUUUCGGCUCUGGGAAAUUUCGAGACAUCGGUCUCAAGAGUGGGAUGAAUUCAUUUAUGCGGUAUUAUAUGCCUGAGGAUUAUCCGAGUACUGGACCGGGACGUUAUGACGUCCUCUCGGCAUUCAAGGGAAUAGCUACGAGACCUUGUCCGAAGAGCUUCAGCCGAAAGGGGUACGGAGGAUUGGGGAGGUUCGCCAUUUCGAUAGGUCAUACUGAGGAUUAUCCCGCACCUUGCGAUUAUAAUGUACCCUCCUUCCCUGGCAAAGUCAGGGAGCAAAAGGUGCCCUUCGGAUCAACCGCUAAAAGAAAGGUCUUCGAGGCUAAUCGAAAUCCAGGGCCCGGUCUCUACCGAAAUCUCACAGCCAUCAGAAGACGCGUAAUUUUCGACCACAGUUUCGGUGGAAGUGUGAAAUUGCGACUGGGGGUUGAAAUAAAAUGCUGCAAACGUAACACGGACAUCUGUGGUGUCUGCGAUGAGAAUCCACUGGGUGAUUACUGGCACUUGAACAACCGGAUGUACCUCUGCAGGAAUUGCAUGACUUCUGAACGCCAACGGCCCAGAAAGCACACGAAAAAAGAGCUGAGUGAUUUUCGUAAAAUCCGCGACUGCUCCAUGAUCCACUCGCACGAAGGUACAGAUGCAAAAACCUGGCGUAUGCAUCCUGGAGUCAUUCAGAAAUGGUGCCAGAAGGAGGCGUAUCUCUCCUCCUACUUCAAAGACUAAAAAUAACUUUCUGUUAUCCAUCUUUG